AUGGAUACAGCAAUUGAUCUCUCCGAUGCCUCUAAGGCAUUGGAUCUAUCCAACAUCAGAUUCCAGUUGAUUCGACUAGAAGACACGAUUACUUUCCAUCUGAUCGAGCGCGUCCAAUUCCCUCUCAACAAGCCCAUCUAUGUCCCCGGCGGGGUCAACAUCCCUGGCGAUCAGAUCAGUCUGAUGGACUAUCUGCUCCGCGAGCAGGAGCGUCUACAAUCCCGCGUUCGUCGCUACGAGUCCCCCGAUGAAUAUCCCUUCUUCCCAAAUGCGCUGGAGACACCUAUCCUGCAACCCCUCGAGUACCCCAAGAUUCUCCACGACAACGAUGUCAACGUGAACGAGACCAUCAAGAAGCGCUACAUCGAGAAUAUCCUUCCUGCAGUCUGCGCCCAGUUUGGCCGCGAGGACCGAGGCGAGACACAGGAGAACUACGGAUCAUCGGCGACAUGCGAUGUCAGCGUGCUCCAGGCGCUGUCGCGUCGCAUUCACUUCGGCAAGUUCGUCGCCGAGGCCAAAUUCCAGAAGGAUCCCGAGACCUUUGUCCGGUUGAUCAAGGCCAAUGAUCUGGCGGGCAUCGAGGCGGCUAUCACCGACGCGAAGGUGGAACAGAAGGUCCUGGAGCGAUUGGCUCUCAAGGCCAAGACGUACGGUACGGACCCUGCGUUCCCUUCGGAAUCAGGGCCGAAAAUCAAUGUGGAUGCGGUGGUUGCUAUGUACAAGGAAUACGUCAUUCCUCUGACCAAGGUGGUGGAGGUGGAGUACCUCAUGCAGCGCCUCCAAGGCACUCAGUGGGAGUAA